CAUGGUUAAAGUUGCCACCGUUUUUGCGAUCUGCUGGUUGGGCAUCAUCGGAUCAUCUGGAUUGAUCGAGGCCUCGAGGCCAGACUUCAUAGAUCUCUUGAUGCUACCCCAACGAUUAAGGGAACUACGGCCGGUCGGAGUAGAGCUUGCCAAUGUCAGCAUAGCCAAAAUCGAGGAUAAGGCCUGGGGCCUGAAGGAAGUCGCGUGCUUUGCAGACUUGACCCGCUGGCUUGAAGCCCUGAAGAAUAAAGAUUUUUGGGCACUUAAAAUGGUCGAUGCUUGGGGCUCCAAACCGUCGGGUCUAUAUUACGGUAACUUUUACAGCCUGGGAAACUUUGAUGAGUGCCUGAGCAUCAGCACGCAGUUCAACAGCUCGUAUAUCAGGGGAAAGUAUUGCCUUCUCAGUGUGUCCCUCGGGGAAAUACUUGGCAUUGCUGCUCUGAAGACUAGGCCCGUCAAUAUAGGAACUUGCUUUCCAGCCUCGUGCUCAGCCGCUCAGGCGGAAGAGUAUUUGGAACAAGCCCUGCACAGCUUCAGCUUUAAUAUUUCUUCCAGUCUGAGUAUAAGCGAGUCAACUUGCCAGACAAACGAAAGCAAGGCCUGGGAUGGACUGACAAUUUUCACAGUGGUGGUCUUGUCGGCUAUGGCUAUUCUUGUAGCAUUAUUCACGAUCUACGACUAUUUUGUAGGAAGCCAGGCAGCCGAAUCUUCAGCCUUGGUUAAGGCAUUUUCGGCCAGGGCCAAUUCAAGAGCCCUUUUUCGUAUUGUGGAGAGGAAUUCCAACCCAAAAGUUAUCGAUUGCUUGCAUGGCAUUCGGUGCCUAUCGAUUAUCUGGGUCGUCUUUUCCCACGUAUAUUUGUAUUUUAUGCCCAUGCCCAAUAUAAACCUAUUUCAAGUAAUUUCGUGGGCUGAAACACCCUUUGCAAAUGUUGUCCUACAUGGUGUAUUCUCGGUAGAUUCCUUUUUCUUUCUCGGGGGAUUGUUGGUUUCCCUGAUUGCCUUGAGUUUGAUGGUGCACACGAAGGGAAAACUGAACGUGCCACUGAUGUAUCUGCACCGCCUGAUCCGAAUCCUGCCCGUCCUGGCUGUCGCCAUUCUCGUCUACAUGAAGCUCAUGCCCCUUGUUUCUGGAGGACCUCUCUUCUACAACGGCUACCACGGCAAAGAGGCCUGUGAAAAGGGAUGGUAUUGGACCCUACUGUUUAUCCAGAACUACGCCACCACGGAUAUUUUGUAUUUAAUCUCACCGUUCCUCCUCCUCGCUCUCUGGAAAUGGGGAUGGAAGGCUGUGACCGGCAUAGGGGUACUCAUAGUCUUGCUGUCGGGCUGCCUUUUGGCCACCAUGAUGGUAAACCACUUCUCCUUUCUGAUCAAGAAUACGAGUGGAAAUGAUUUGGCCAGUCACAAGCUGUACCAGGCUACCCACAGGCACGCUGCUCCCUGGCUCAUUGGAUUUCUUUUUGGUUAUUUCCUGCAUGUGAACCGGGGAAAGAAGUUCCGCCUGAAUGCUCUGGCUGUGAUCACGGGCUGGCUUCUCAGUUUGUCCAUGCUGGCCGCCUCGCUCUUUGCCCUUUAUCCAGCGAGCAGGUGGAGCGCUCCAGCUCUGUCCACUGUGGAGGAGUCCCUGUACUACACCCUCAGUAGACUGGCUUGGCCACUGGCUCUCUGCUGGAUCGUCUUCGCCUGCAUGCAGGGAUACGGAGGGUUGGCCAACAGCUUUCUAUCCUCGCCGCUGUGGCAACCCCUCUCCAGACUCUCUUACUCCGUGUACAUCUGGCACAUGUUCGUCGUAGAGGUAACCAGCAAAAGCGUCAGGACGAGUGUAUAUUUCUCUGACUACUCUGCGAUGCUCAAGUUUUGGUCGGACUUUGGCUUCACCGUUAUAUUGUCCUAUGUAUUCUACCUCAUCAUUGAAGCACCUCUGGGAGGAUUCGACAGUUUAUUCAGGUUACGAAAAAAGACUACACCACAGCAAGAAUAAAAUGACGAUUAGUUGACUGUUAACUUGUGU